AUGAUUUUGUACAUCCUUCUCAUCGUGUCAGUGCUUGGAUAUGAAUACACGUGCAGUACCGAAAUCGAAGACUCCAAAGAUACUGAUUUGCAGGCGAUUGAAGUCACUACCGUUAAUAGUUGUGUGACACAACAUGGUAAAAUUGUAGUAAGAAACUUAAACGGUGCUGUUACAGAGGUGAGUAUUAGCGACAAAGUGUACCCCAUUUCUUCAACUUCAAACAACCACGAGAUUUCUGUUCUUUCAGGAUUUUACACAAUGAAAGUGAUUAAACGAUCUGAAGGGACUUGUAGGUAUCGACUAUUUAAAGUGACUGUGAAGAAAGUAGAUGAAUGCGAACCUUUUUAUACUGCAACUGUCAAGGAAAAGAAGAUAAUAUGGCAAGUCGACAACACAACAACGGCGUAA